UAUGUUAGCAUUAUUUGCGAGCUGUGGACCGCAUUUACUGCUAGCACGAUAUUAGUAGAAAGGCGGAAGGAUUCGCUGUAAAAUUGGCCCUCGCACACGAAGCAGAUUCAGCUAUAGCUGAUGUUUACGUUUUCCUUAUCAAGCAACCACCGUUCGUUUGUCAUUUGUAGCUGACGUUCAGAAACGAAAUUCUAGGUGAAUAACAACAACGCGUUUGGGUGCGUGGCUCUAUUUGGAAGAUUUCUACGGUACGUGAAACGACCUUGCCUUUCGUGUAACAACGCAUAACAAUACGUGGUUACGUGGUGCUUGUGCCUGUGUUGGCCUCUGUGAUACCCUGAAAAGGACGAAAUGUCUUCUCCGAUCAGUUCGUCUUCGGAAUACAACAGCGCGCUGGAUCAAACAUUCAAUUCCUCGCUCGGUUCGGAUAGGAUGAACAAUUCCGAUUUGAGCAACAGUGAUAUUGAAAACGUUAACCUUGCUGGCGAUUGGAAUGAAACGCUUCGUGCAAAGCAGAAGAAAAAUGCAAAGGAUUCCACUCAGCAGCUUCUGGAUAGUUUGCGGAACAACAACUUCGACCAGACAGGUGAUACGAUAGGAGAUGCGAGCGCACUUAACAGCACGGCCAGCACGCUCAGCUUGGAUCUGAGCGCUGCCGGUGAGUUGUCCGAUACGAUCAACAAUGUGACACUUUCGUUCGUGAGUUCAUCGGAGGAGGACGGCGAGGUGCUGACUGCCAGCACGCCUCGCGCUCCGGAUGUAAGUGUUAAUAUGUCGCAGUCCGACACGUCCACCACCACCACCCAGGGUGAGAAGGAUUCGCAUGACACCACGGCUAAUGUGUCUCAGCUGCCAGCCGAAAGUGGUAGUGAUUCGGCCAUCCCGCUCUAUGCAACACUCGAAGAGUUUGAUCGAAAUCUACCGGAGACGGUGACGCUGCUAACAAAGCCGGACGGUACGAAGGUGUAUUUGGUCGGUACGGCUCACUUCAGUGAGAGUUCCCAGCGGGACGUAUCGCUUGUGAUGAGAAACGUGCGCCCGCAGGUAGUCAUGCUGGAACUGUGCACAUCGCGUGUGCAUAUACUAAAGUACGACGAAAAAACGCUGCUAGAGGAAGCGAAAGAGAUGAACCUGGCCAAAAUGCGUGCCAUCAUACGGACAAAUGGAUCGAUCAAUGGGCUGUUCUACAUACUGCUGCUAAGUAUGAAUGCAAAGUUCACGAAGAAGCUCGGCAUGGCACCGGGCGGUGAGUUUCGGUGCGCGGUCAAGGAGGCGCAACAGAUUCCAAACUGCGUGAUACAUCUCGGCGAUCGGCAGAUCAAGGUAACGCUUCACCGUGCCCUGCGUGGACUUUCUCUGUGGCAAACGAUCAAGUUGAUACCGAAGCUGCUGUUCAUCGACGAUGAUAUCAGCAUCGAGGAGGUGGAACAGUGCAAGCGGAAGGAUUUGCUGGAAGAAAUAAUGCUUGAAAUGGCCGACGAGUUUCCAGCUUUCGGGCGUGUGUUUAUCGACGAGCGGGAUCUCUACCUGUGCCAUUCGUUGCAGAUGGCGGCGUUGCCACAGAUGAACCCCGUCGAUGGUCGUCCCGAACCGGUCCGAGUAGUGGGCGUGGUAGGAAUUGGGCAUGCGUCCGGUAUCGCUAAGCACUGGGGGAAGGUCGAUAAGAGCCAAAUCGAAUCGAUCAUUACGAUUCCACCGGCCAGCUUUGGUCAUCGUAUGGUGAAGUACACCUUUAAGUAUGGUUUGCUUGGGCUCGCUGCUUACGGUGUGUUCCGAUUCGCCCGGCCACGAUUGGGGCGAAUUUUCCUCUGAUUCUGCAUCGCACAGAAGGCAUAAAAUCGUCCGCUAUUGCGCGUUUAGAACGUUGCUAAAUGCAUGAGACUAAUCGUGAUCGUUAUCGUGAGUUGCCUACCGAUCGAGCGUACUAGAAAUGGCCGUCGUAGAGAAUCAAAACAUAUACAUACAUAUUAAUCAAAGCAAGCGUUGGCACGAAUGUGGUGUGGGAAAUGGAUGAAAGCGUGAAUGUUUGUUCUAGCUAAAAUGCACCAAAUUGUACGGUACUGUUUUUGCCAGCAUUCCAGGGAAAGUAACCAGAACGAAGCACAAUCUAACACGGGUGUCCGUGACGUCUGUAUCGGGAAAUAAAACUAAAAUUCUCCGCGUAAGUUGCGAA